AAAAGCUUAAGCAAAAAAUUUGGGCACGACCCCAUUUUAAUUAUUGAUAAUUGGCCUGCCCCAAAUGUAAAAUUUCAAGAAUCAACAAGAAAUAAGGGACUCAUAAAUAUGCUAAAAAAGAAUGGAUUUAAGGUUCAUCUUGUCGAUGAAUUUCGUACCUCAAGUUCCUGUCCCAAUUGUGAAAACAGACUAGAGAAGUUUAAGCUCGUUGCUAAUCCAAGACCAUUUCAGCGUGAAAAAAUGCCUACUGUAUUCUGCCAUGGUUUACUUCAGUAUGCAAUACAAAGUUAA